AUGGUUGGCCAAAUGCAGAUAUCUUGGCCAUCCACGAUUGUAGAGCUCAUCUUGGGCCUGCUAUGGCACCUCGUCCACCUGUUGGUCAGCCUCUUUGAUUUGUGGUCGCAUCUGAGUGAUAAUCUAGAAUGCUAUCUUAUUUCGUCUGAGCUGCUGCCUAAGUACCAAGAUCUUCAUUUUGAGAGACUUAAUUACGUGGGCGUUGUAGUAGAUAGCAGAGAAGCAAAUAAUGUUUUGAAGAUCAAGCAACUUUUAUGGUGGUUAUCGACUAUUGGCGUCAAAGAGAUAUGUCUGACCAUUCGACAAUGCUCUACAGGAGUACUGAAGGAAUGGCUUAAACCUGGUAUCGAAACCCCAAGAGAUGAGAACUCAAGAACUAAUUUAGAUCUUAGUGCACAUGGGGGGAUGACUAUAGAGUGUCUUUCUGGUUCUGAUGGCAAGGAAGGCAUUGCUAAAGCAGCAAACUUACUGUGCUCAGACUUCUGCAAUCGCAACACUCAUGGGCAUAAUAAAGGUGACAAUGCAUUUACAGAAGCUGACAUGGUUUGUGCACUGAGAGCAGUAGGUAGUGGUGGGCCAGAACCUGAUCUUCUUCUUGUGUAUGGUCCUGUUAGAUGUCAUUUAGGAUUUCCUGCAUGGAGAUUACGUUUCACAGAGAUUAUGCAUAUGGGCUCGCUGAAAUCAAUGAAAUACGGUUCUAUUGUGAAAGCUUUGCAUCGAUUCUCACACAAAUAUCAAAAUUAUGGUAACCCCAUAUUUCAGCUUGGCAAUUUCGACUGUACUGCAACAAAACUCUUUAGUUUUUACCUUUACCGUAGGUUACACAAAAUAUUCUGUACUUGA